CCAAAAGAAUCGAUUCGCUGGAGUGGGGCAUGGGAGGAACUUACUUAGCCGACGCCAUGGCAACAGACAGAGGGACAAGUAAAUUUAAAGACCGUCUGAACUUAAAAUGUAAAGGCUACCGUCCUGCCGUCAUGCAUUCAGCAGCCGCAGAUGGUCAGCUGCAGUUCAUCAUAAAUCAUUAUUAAAUAAACUCUGGAGCUCGGGCCAUGUCUUCCGAUCACUCAGCGUCACUGGCCGGGACUCACGGACUCUUACGCGGGCAGCGCACCCGGUCCUACGGCAGCCUCGUGUCCUCCUCAUUAUCACCCGUUAGACACAGACGAAUUAAACAUAAAGUCCAGCCCGGUGAGACUUUGCAAGGACUAUCAUUGAAAUAUGGCGUGUCUAUGGAGCAAAUAAAAAGGGCAAACAGACUGUACACAAAUGAUACAAUAUUCCUGAAGGAGUCCCUCUUCAUCCCUGUGCUGACAGAGUCUGUGUCUUUCACAAAUGGAGUGAAGUUGACCGAAGACAAGACAGGUCCAGCACAGGUACACACAGAGAUUUCUAAAGAGAUCCCCAAAAGCCAAACAGACUCUAGAUGCGAUGCGAAUGCUGAUCUGUCACCAGUGGAAUACCUGAAAAAGAUAGACGGCUUGAUCAGUCAGUCCAAACAAGCAGCUGUGAAGACCUGCCAGGAGGGAGAGAAACAGUUUUCAUCUAUGGAGCAACUCCAUCACAGCAAUCUUACGUCUGACAGAGCGUCCUCCCAGCAUGCCGUUUUGGGAGCUGUUCCCAUUACAAUCACCAGACGGACCAGGAACCUGAGGGAUAGUGAGGAUGAGAUCUUCCAGCUCUGAUGUAGGCAUUUAUUAGGACUUUUCUGACUGUUUCUGUGUAAUUUGUACAAAUUGAUUGUUUUAGAGGAUUAUCGGAGAUUGCUGGAGUGAUUUGCAAUAGUGUUUUUCAUAAAACUACUACCAGUUUAAGACAUGCACACAUAUCAGCACUGUAGCUUGAUGCCUAAAAGUAAUAAUGUGAAUUAUAAUUCUGCUGUCUUUUUUAUAAGUGUAACCAAAGUAAUGACGGACAGAUGAUUGCAUUUCUAACUUGAAAAAAUAAUGCACUUGCUAAUUGACACUGAAUUUAAUACUCCCUCACAAAUGCUUUGGGAAUGUGCCACUGGACAUCUUUCAGAUAGUGAUCUGUCAAACCUGUGAACAGAAAUGCAUAGUUUUGCACUGCAGUCACAUGCUCGGUUUGCUGUUUUUCUGUUUAAUUUACAUUGUGCUAAAGUGUCUAAUGCCCUUUGUGGUUACCAAAACAUGAUAAAAACUUAGUUCGUUUCCUGGACUGUUUUUUAGUGCUGCAUUUGUGAAAUUGAAACAAUCAACACUCCACCGUAAAUGAAUGCAGUAUGAAACGCUCAGAUUAAAUGCCAUAAACACAUACAGAUCUUGGUCUUUUAACUUUGAAAUCUUGUUAUAACAUUACACACAACAGUUAUCAUCAGAAUUGAAUUGACCCAGUAUUCCUUCAAUCAAAUGCAUUUCUAAACUGGAAUUAAUGAAUUGUGUGUUUAUACAAGGUGUAAGGGUAUGUAUUGUCAAUAUGAAAAUACAAAAUAUAACCAUUUGGCUUUUGUAAGCAGUUUCUUGUCAUCAAUAAAAAUUCUUUAUAGACA